UGCUUGUAAUGAAGUAAAUCGACGCUACUAGUCGAUGAUCUUCCUCGAUACACGUCGGUAAUUAAUCAACAAUUAUCGUCGCCGCUGCGCCUCUCUUGCGUCCGCGAAUCUUUGUUAAUGAAUGCGCCUGUUGUACUGUGCCGAAAUUGCAGGUGGCUGUUGUGCUCGUGCUAACAUAUCUCUUCUUGCGGCUAUAUCUGCACACUGUAUACACUUUUAGCAUAUGAUCGUUCAUUUCGCUAAGAACUGAACGCUCGUUAUAUAUAAGUCGCUAUACCCUGCCCAAGAACUUACAACAAAUAGGUUCUUCGUGUGAGUGUGAGCGAUGUUUGCAUAGUGAGACAGUAAUAGUAUGUCAGUGCAUUCCUACAUUUCUUCAUACGUCCUCUUGUAUACUCUAUCCACAAAGUUUCGAUUGUGUGACUAUUCUUUUACGAUUUUUUCCAACCUGUAAUCAACAUAGCAGAUACAUUUCAAUUAUCUAACAAGUUUCGAAAUUUUAUUCUGUGUAGCCUCUGAAAGUCUCGGUUUCUCUCUCUUAUUUUUAUUUUGCGCGACCUAUCUUUCAACAUUUAUCUCGCGAGCGUGGCACAUUUUGACACAGCUGUGAAAAUGAUGGGUGACACUAGUAUUACUAGCAGACCUAAUACUAAUGGAUAAGAUCCAAGUGCCAGAUUUUUUUGCAGUUAUUAACAGCAAGUUGAAUUGUAUUGCUUGUCUUUGCAACUGUGGCUGCAUUUUACUGACAGCUGAUUCAUAAUGAAUGCCUCAGAACAUGGAUUUAACCCUGCCUUUAAUAUGGCCUCCAUUAAACAAGCCAUCAAUGAAGCGGUGGAAAGAGUUUCAACAGUGAGAAUGCCAGCACCUACUCGCUUGAGGGACCUAAUAAGACAAAUAAGAGCUGCAAGAACUGCUGCAGAAGAAAGAACGGUUGUCAACAAGGAGUGUGCAUAUAUCAGAUCCACUUUUAGAGAAGAAGAUAGUGUUUGGAGAUGUCGAAAUAUUGCCAAAUUAUUAUACAUUCACAUGUUAGGGUAUCCUGCACAUUUUGGACAGUUGGAAUGUUUAAAGUUGAUUGCAUCUCCAAGGUUUACAGAUAAACGUAUUGGAUACUUGGGUGCCAUGCUCCUUUUGGAUGAAAGACAAGACGUUCAUUUAUUAAUAACUAAUUGUUUAAAAAAUGACUUGAAUAGCACUACUCAGUUCGUAAUAGGCUUGGCAUUAUGUACUCUUGGAGCUAUCGCUUCUCCUGAAAUGGCUAGAGAUCUUGCUGCUGAAGUUGAGAGAUUGAUGAAAUCUCCUAAUGCCUAUAUUAGAAAAAAAGCUGCUCUAUGUGCAUUUAGAAUUAUCAGAAGAGUUCCAGAAUUAAUGGAAAUGUUUUUACCAGCCACCAGAAGUUUGUUGACUGAAAAAAAUCAUGGAGUUUUGAUUACUGGUGUAACUCUCAUCACUGAAAUGUGUGAAAAUAGCGUGGAUACAUUGAAUCAUUUUAAAAAGAUUGUGCCAAAUCUUGUAAGGAUUUUGAAAAACCUCAUACUUGCCGGUUAUUCACCAGAACAUGAUGUGUCUGGUGUAUCUGAUCCAUUCUUGCAAGUAAAAAUUUUACGUCUCUUGCGAAUUUUGGGACGUAACGAUGUUGAUGCAUCAGAAGCUAUGAACGAUAUUCUUGCACAAGUGGCUACAAAUACGGAAACAAGUAAAAAUGUUGGCAACACAAUUUUAUACGAAACUGUUCUUUCAAUCAUGGAUAUUAAGUCAGAAAGCGGUUUACGUGUAUUGGCUGUUAAUAUUUUGGGUCGAUUUUUAUUGAACAAUGAUAAAAACAUCCGCUAUGUUGCCUUGAAUACUCUUUUAAAAACAGUAUAUGUUGAUACAAAUGCAGUGCAAAGACAUCGGACAACUAUUUUGGACUGUUUGAAAGAUCCUGAUGUAUCCAUUCGACGCCGCGCUAUGGAACUUAGCUUUGCUUUAACUAAUUCUAACAAUAUAAGAGCGAUGAUAAAAGAACUUUUACUUUUCUUGGAGCGAGCUGAUCCCGAAUUCAAAGCUCAAUGUAGCAGUAACAUUGUUAUGUCUGCUGAACGUUUUGCUCCAAAUAAACGUUGGCAUCUCGAAACUUUAUUCAAAGUUUUAGUUGCGGCUGGAAAUUAUGUUAGAGACGACGUUGUUGCUUGUACAAUACAACUAAUUUCAGAAACACAAUCACAACAAGUUUAUGCAGUUAGUGCUCUUUGGCGUGCUCUAGAAGAAGAUACUUACGAUAAGCAACCACUGACCCAAGUAGCUACUUGGUGUAUUGGAGAAUAUGGUGACUUAAUGCUGUAUGGUCCUCAUCCCGAUGAUGCUGAUGCUCCUGUUAAUCUUACUGAAGAAGAAGUUAUUGAUGUUUAUCACAAGCUUUUGUGGAGUCAACAAAAUAGUGUAGUAACGAAACAGUAUGCCUUGUUAUCUCUCACAAAAUUGAGUACACGAUUCCAGCGUGGAAACGAUGAGACACUUCCAUUUUACAGGAAAAUACGACAGAUUAUUGAUACAUUUGGUAGCAACUUAAAUAUUGAAUUACAACAACGAGGAAUUGAAUUUUCUCAAUUAUUUCGAAAAUACGACCAUUUACGACCCGCAUUGCUAGAGAGAAUGCCACCCAUGGAAACAGCAAAGCCUCAAGCAAAUGGAAUUAUUGGCGUGGUCAAUGGUGAUUCCGAAGUAGAAGAAGAAAAAACUCUGAAUGUUGAACCUAUAAAUACUGUUCCGCAAUCAGACUCAAGUGCUCUUCUGGAUUUAUUAGGUGGUACUGAUUUAAGUUCACCAACAACAGUACCAACAGUAAUUUCUACUACCACACCUGUUUCCACUUCAAACAACAAUGACCUUUUAGAUUUACUUGGAGGUUUGGAUUUGACAGCUACUGCACCAGUAUUGACAAUACCACAACAACAGUCUCCUCCGCAAUUAUUUAGUCCUGCUAAUUCAAACUUUUUAGUAGAUGGUUUACUUAAUUCCUCAUCCACACCAAUUUCAACUGUUCCAGACUCUCCUAGUAUGACAGUAUUUGACAAACAAGGACUGAAAAUAACAUUCAAAUUGCAAAGAACUCUAGAUAAUCCGGACUUAUUAGUGAUUAAUAUGGCUGCAUUAAAUUCAAGUUCUUCGCAAAUUAAUGAUUUUCUAUUUCAAGCUGCUGUUCCGAAAACAUUCCAGUUGCACAUGUUGUCUCCAUCGGGAACUUCACUACCGCCUUUUGGACAAGUAACGCAAAUAUUGAAAGUAAACAAUAUCAAUAAGGCGGCCUUGAGGAUGCGACUUCGCAUAUCAUAUACUGGAGUUUCAGGGCCCAUUUUGGAACAAGCUGAAGUAAACAAUUUUCCAACCAUAACGGUGCAAUGACAGCACAUGAUACAAAAACCAAUUGUAUAUACGCCUGCCUAAAUUUUUAAGCGCGUCUUGUAUAAAUCGAUAAAACCAACCAAUUUGAUUUCUCAUUACAUAUUACAAUCGCCGACUUAUUUAUAUAUAUAUAUAUAUAAUAUAUGAAAGAAGAAACAUAAAAAAUUGCACACAUAAGCAAAUGUAUAUGUGUACAUACUAAGGAAUCUGGUGUAAACAUUAGGCCGAGCUAUUUCGUACUCAAUGCUGAACGUAAUAUUUUAAUUAGACGGUUGCCUGUGUGCGGAAUGAACUAUUCAAUGAAAAUUUGCAUGAAGCCGAUUACUUUUUAAAAGUUUUAAUUGUAUAUAUAUUAUGCCUGCAAGUGAACUCUUAUUUUACGCAAAAAAUUUGAUGAUUGCAUUAUUUUACUUAGUUUGCUCACCAUGAUUAUUCCUCAUGUUCACGUUGCAUUCCAUUUUUUGAUAUUACCUGUUAGCUAAAAAAUUAAUUCACGGAAUUUAUGUGUCUAGAGAAUUUUAUUGUUGUGUAAAAUCACAUUUGUCAAACUCCCAAAUAGUUUUUCUUAUUGUUCAAGUUAUUUUUCAUAAAAAGCUUAAUCAAACAAGAUGCUCGUUGUUGGAAGAAAAAAACGAAAAAUCCAAAAUUUCUCAAUGCAUAGUAAAUUUUUUACUAGAAUCCUUUUUUUUUACUUUUUGAUUCAUUAUUAGAGGUGUGCGUGCGAGUACUCGAAAAAAACCUCGAGUACUCGAGUUUUAUCGAUCAUUCAAGAAUUUUCGAGUAUUCGUCAUGUUUUUGGAUUUUUGCUAAUUAAAUGAUACAUUGUCAAAACUAUGAAUAUCCCCGUGGCAUAUGCAUGUUCCGAAGUGUUAUGUACUCGGAGUGCUCGUAUUUUUGUAUGUAUCGACGCUCUUUAUGAAAAAUGACACGUUUAUAUGUUAAUUUAAAUAGAAAAAUGUCAAUGCUGCGAGUAACUAACACUCAGGAGCAUGCACAUGCAACGAGGAUAUUCAUUGGUUUGUUAAUAUUUACUUAGCUGAAACUCAAAAAUAUGACGAGUACUCGAAAAAUCGAGUUCAAUCGAAUCGAGCUUUUUCGAGUACUCACACACCUAUAUUAAUUGUCAAUAAGGUUAAACUUGCUUAAUUUUUAUAAAAAUUCAACAUUUUUUUCAAAAUUCAGAUAUCAUUACACUAGAUAUUGGAUACUUACAUAAAUUUUCAUUGAACAAAACUUAACUUCACUAAUCUUUUGCACAUUUCAUCUAAUUUGUCAAUUUUUGCGGUAAAUUUAUUCAUUAAAAUAAAUUAACAUACAUCAAUUUUUUGUUAUGCGAUAAAAAUUAUCCUUAGUUAUAGACCUUGAUGAAUUCGAUAAUUGACAUAUUUUGAGAUCAAAAGAAUCUGUAACAUUUAUAUACUUUAACACAACUUAAAUUUUUUUUUAAUGUUAUUGAGGAACUCUUUACUUUUAAUGAAUUCUAUUUGCUAAAAAAAAUAAUAUAAAUGUUGUCCCAUAUGUGCAAUUUUGAACUUAGUAUGAUUUUUAUAUUGUGCAUAGGAAUUAGAAUUUUGAAGAUAAAAUUAAUGCAAUUGUUGGCCAGGGAACAAAUGUGUAAUGGAAUGUAUUUUGUUGAAUCAUGGGGUGCUAAAAAUAAAAAAAAAAUUAUUUAAAGAUUUGGAUGCAAAAAAUUGAUUGAAAAGAGUAAUAGUUUAUAAAUUCUAUUCUUUAACUUGUGUUAUUAAUAUCACAAAUAUGUUUAUAAUUUUAAUCAUAAUUUGAUGUUAUAAAACAAUUUACUCUGUUUUAGAAUUUUUUGUUUUCUAAUAACAUUUUAAUCUGAAAAUUAGUAAUUGUAUUUAUUGUAUACAGUAAUAAAACAACUGAUUUCUCUGUGAUAAGAUACACACAUUUUUAAGACAAUAUAUUAUCAUACUAUAUAAAAGACA